AUGAGCUCCGCGCACGUCCUGCGCGUGAAGAAGCUGUACCGCCACUCGCUCAAGAACCUGCUCAACUGGUGCGUCCACCGCGACCUCUGGAUCAAAAAGGGCUUUGACCUCCGCGCCGAAUUUGAGGCGCGGGCGCGACACUCCCUCGCUCUCGCGAACCGGCACGUGCAGGACGCAAAGCAGGUGGAGAAGCUGGUGGCGGCGGGCGAGGCGAAGCUCAAGGCCAUGAUGCACCCGGACCCGUAUACGAUCCCGACCGACCCGGGCGGCUCAAAGUACAUGCGCUGGCACAACCUCUCCUCCACCACACAGCCGGGCUUCCCUCCAAACGUGACGGCGAUGCCCAGCUGGCUCGGCGUGCCGGAACCUAACGACUACCACCCCUAGCCGCGCGGACGGAGGAGGUGAGACGGGAGGACUUGGCGCGCAGCGCGACGUCGCAUGUUGCCGGGACCGGGCCGCUGGCGCUGCUUCGAACCGCCGCCUAAAAUUUUAAAGUGUCAAUCGA